CAAGCUCAGUGGCAUUUUUGGCCCUUUUCCCAAUCACAAACCAUGCCAGGGAUGAGGGAUCUUCGGUUCUGCAACAGGGUCUCAGGCUUCUUCUUUAGCCGCACAAGGGCAUCCUGUCGCACAUCCCCUCUGCCUCGCAUCCUUUCAUCUUCUUUGGCGUUUCUCUAUGCAAGAUCUGGAAGUAAAGGUUCACUUAUAGGUGGAUUACCUGGCGGCACACUUAUAGAAGUUGUUUGUCAUCCCCUUGAUGAAGUGAAGAAGAGAUUUCAGAUUGAAGGACUAAAGAGGCAUCCAAUAUAUGAUGCUCAAGUCAAGCUUAAUGCUUACAGAAAUAUCUCAUGAAGGUGAACAAAAAGAUCCCACCAUCAAGAUCAUGGAGGACUUCUCUGGGUACCCAGUUCAUGAGCCCAACUCAGUUUCUUCUUUAUAUGUGGACACUCACUCUUUGCAGAACCAGAUUCACCAGCACCUUCAGUAACUAGGGUCUUGUACAGUGAGAAGGAUGUAUUGGCAAGGAGGUCAAGUGGUGUUUGUGCUUUUGAAGAAAGCGUAGUGCCCACUUCAGAGCUGUUCACAUCUUCUUCACCAUCUAGAGAAGUGGGAAUAACUAAUUGAAGUUCUUGUGUACCACUAUAGUUCCACCUGCUACCCUUUACUACUCUGUAGUGCACUAGGACAUUGUUUGAGUGCACUAGGACAUUGUUUGACUGCGCAUCUUCAAGCAACCAGCAGCAUAAUCCUUCACAACUGCUCUGUCAACAUCAUUAAUCAGUGAAUUAUAUUAAAUGGAAAGAAAAAUGAUUUCAAAGAUUCUCAAGUUUACUAACAAUUUUUUUAUUCCAGGUAUGCAGAGCGAUAAUGAACUUCCAUCUGCAUUUGGUAAGAAGAGAGGAGCAGCAGUAAGAUGGGUACUCAGUAUGCCGUUGCCAGUACUCCACAUAUUUUGAGGCGUUUUUCAUGUGUUUCUAUGUCAUUAAUGGGCAGUAAUUAAAAAAAAGAAGUCCAAGACAUUUCAUUUAAUAAAAGAGCAGUUGUGAAGGAUUAUGCUGCUGAUUGCUUGAAGAGGAGCAGUCAAACAAUGUCCUAGUGCACUACAGAUUAGUAAAGGGUAGCAGGUGGAAUUAUAGUGGUACACAAGAACUUCAAUUAGUUAUUCCCACUUCUCCAGAUGGUGAAGAAGAUGUGUGAACAACUCUGAAGUGGGCACUACGCUUUCUUCAAAAGCACCAACACCACUUGACCUGGUCAAAAUACAAAACAAUAAAAUAUUAAAUAGAAAUGAUAUAAAGCAAUUAUCAGAUUAAAAAAAAAGUAGUCCAAGGCAUUUCAUUUAAUAAAAGGCCCAAAGUACUUUUUAAUUAGAAGUUCAUUAAUUAAACAUGUGUCUGUACUAUUUCAUGUAAACCCCAAGUCCUUAGCGUAUACUUUCUAUUCAUCUUUCAGUUUGUGUGUUUGAAUUCUAAUGACUUACAAUUCACUGACUAAUGAUGCUGAUUGUUUGAAGAUGAGCAGUCAAACAAUGUCCUAGUGCACUAGGAGAAGUAAAGGGUAGCAAGUGAAACUAUAGUGGUACACAAGAACUUCAAUUAGUUAUUCCCACUUCUCCAGAUGAUGAAGAAGAUGUGAACGGCUCUGAAGUGGGAACUACGCUUUCUUAAGAAGCACCAACACCACUUGACCUGUUCAAAAUACAAAACAAUAAAAUAUGAAAUAGAAAUAAUAUAUAACAAUUAUCAGAUUAAAAAAAAUAGCCCAAAGGCAUUUAAUUAAAGACCCAAAGUACUUUUAAACUAGAAGUCCAUUAAUUAAACAUAAACCCUAAGUCCUUAACUUAUACUUUCUAUUCAUCUUAGGAGUUAGGGGUCGAAUUGGGUCCUCUUUCUAAUUAGUUUUCCUAAAAUAUGAAUUGUAAUCGGAUAGUGAAUGUUUGUUUCAAAGUAGAAUUGAAUGAGUGAAAAAACUGUAAUUCGGUAAAGAAUUAGCUGCUUUCGCUUCGACGCUAGGCGUCCCAUGGAAUCGGAGAGUCACCGGGCACACUUGCUUGAAGCUGGAAAUCCCGGGCAGCGGCGAGCACGAGCCCGGACAUUUCGAACGCAUCUUCGUCAAAGGCACCUGGUUCACUUCUCGCUUCGACCUCUCCAUCACGAAUGGCCUCGAUGCCUGGACAUGCAGUGGUACUUUGCUGCAGUGUUUUAUUCGUUUCAGCUUCAGAGUAUUCCAUUAUAGUUGCAUUUUAUAGUUCCGGUAAAUGCUUGGUUUUGAAGCUUCGGAGGAUGAGGUUCAAGAGAGAGCGUCUCAGUGGGACCAGCCGGUUCCGGAAUACAUUGAAAUGGCGGAGAAGUACUUAGGGUUUCAACAACCCGGUUCGGUUUAUGGGUUCGCUGAUGCCGGUUCUGGCCACAGAAAACUUUCAUGGACAUUUGAGAAAGCAGGAACAAAGCUGGAGUGGAGGUGGAAAUGCCAACCAUCAUCCAAUGACAAGAACACUACAGCUGACAUCUUGGACUUUCUCAUGGAUUCCAACAUACAAAUGAGUGAGGAAGUUCUCGGCAAAACACAGGCAUUCGAGAGGCUACAAUCUGAAGCUGAAAAUGCUUAGCUCAAAGUGAGAGGCUUGUCAAAGAGAAGGAAGAAUUUGAAAAUGCUUUUUAUGCAAAGUUUGUUGGAGUAUUGAAUUCAAAGAAAGAAAAACUGAGAGAGCUUCAUGAUAGACUUCAAAACGAAAAAUCCGGUAAGGGAGCACAAGAGGAAGAUGAUUUAGAAGAAAGGGCGAGUGACACAACAGAGACGUUUGGCGAGGAUGAAAGUAAUGAAGAAAGAAGUGAAGAUGAGGCAGUGGACAUGGAUGCUGCUGGCUCCUUCAUAGAUACUACAGCAAGAAAGGGCUGUCAUUGAAUUGGUAGAAUGUAGAAACAAGCAUUGGACUCUACUUGCAACUAGUAGCUUUCUGUGAUACUACAUAUUCACCAUAAGGCUAUUGUGAUUUGUAUCUUUUCUUGUAAAGUGUUCAUAUAUAUAAUCCUUCCUUGGCUCCAGCCUAUUAUCAGAUUCUCGCUUUGGUUUGGCUUAUUAAUGGCUGUGGAGUUUCAUGGUUGCGAUUUUAGAUUGAUAUGGGAAGAAGAGAAGUGAUAUGAAU